CCGGCCCUAUUAAACCCCCAGCUUUCACCCACAUUUGCAAAGAAUUUUUUUCAGCCAGUUGACCACAGCUGUUUCUUAAUUCCCUAGCACUUUGCAACAACCACCCUGGACUUAAUAUUUUUUGUUUUCGGCCCCCCACAAACAUGUCCACCAACUCGAUUAAAUUAUUAGCAAGUGAUGUUCACAAAGGUUUGGCAGAACUUGUUGCCAAACGUCUUGGGUUGAAGCUCACGCCCAGUGAAAUCAAAAGAGAUUCCACUGGGGAAGUGCAGUUUUCCAUAGGUGAAUCAGUCAGAGAUGAGGACCUUUUUGUCAUUUGUCAAAUAGGAUCGGGAGUGGUCAACGAUCGAGUGAUCGAACUAUUAAUUAUGAUUAACGCCUGUAAAACCGCUAGUGCACGUCGAAUCACUGUGAUAUUACCAAACUUCCCAUACGCCAGACAAGACAGAAAGGACAAAUCCAGAGCUCCCAUAACCGCCAAAUUGAUGGCAGAUAUGUUGACCACUGCCGGAUGUGAUCAUGUUAUCACCAUGGACUUGCAUGCUUCCCAGAUUCAAGGCUUUUUCGAUGUGCCGGUUGACAAUUUGUAUGCUGAACCAAGUGUGGUGAGAUAUAUCAAAGAAAAGAUCAUCUUCCAACAAGCUAUCAUUGUAUCACCAGAUGCGGGAGGUGCCAAAAGAGCUGCUGGUUUGGCCGAUAGAUUGGACUUGAACUUUGCUUUAAUCCACAAGGAAAGAGCCAGAGCAAACGAAGUGUCGAGAAUGGUAUUGGUUGGUGAUGUAACUGAUAAGAUUUGUAUAAUUGUGGAUGACAUGGCCGAUACUUGUGGAACCUUGGCCAAAGCUGCCGAAGUAUUAUUGGAUAACGGGGCAAAAGAGGUUAUCGCCAUUGUGACACAUGGGAUCUUAUCAGGUAAGGCGAUUGAGAACAUCAAUAACUCCAAGUUAGAGAGGGUUGUGUGUACCAAUACGGUACCUUUUGAAGAAAAACUCAAGUUGUGUUCUAAAUUAGAUACGAUCGACGUGUCAACUGUGAUUGCUGAGUCUAUCAGAAGAUUACACAACGGUGAAAGUAUCUCAUACUUGUUUAAAAACGCUCCUCUUUAAUAGUUUGUUUGGAAUGGAUUAUAUUUAUUUU